GCCGAAGAUCGGCACAAAUGGCGCCUCCCCGGCCGAAUCCGCGGCUUACUCUGCGGGGAAGACUCAGCGCAUGGCUGAUCAAAGCGAGGACGGAGGGCCCAAAAGCUAAGUGGUUUCAGAGCCUCGGGCGCAGGUAUUUCACCAUUGACUUCGAACGGAAGGUGUUUUUCUACGCCCACGGGGAGUCUCGAAAUGCUCAGGUGUCGGUCUGCAUCCCCUUCAGUGAGAUUCUGGGGGCCCACUUGGGCCAUGACCGGCACAAGGCAAAGCCCGGGAUUUUCCCCUUCACUGUGCGGUCUGUGGGCCGCACGCUCAGGCUUGAAGCUGAGGAGCAGGCGGAGGCCUUCCGUUGGAUCUCCAUGCUCAACGCCGCCCACCGCAUCGGCGCAGAUGCGGACCUCGUGGGCUGCGGCUCCUGGCUGCCGAGCCAAGAGCUCCAAGUGAGCAGCUCCAACGACUGGCUCCCAAGCCACGAGACGCACGAGGCGCACGAGGCGCAGGAGGUCGCUUCCGCAGAGAAGGCCUCCGAGUCAACCGCGGAUGAUGACGGCCAAAGGUCGCCAGAGUCCAAAGCUUCAGAUCUGCAGGACGAGCAGGACACGCCCAGCACGACAGCAAGCCCAGAGCCAGAGGCCAAGAGGUGUUUGCUCCCCUCGGACUUCGGCUUCGAGGACGACUCCGAGUGCACCGAGCCGUGCGACCACGACGAUGGCGAGGAGCCGCCGGACUCGGAGGAUUCCGGCUGCGAAAGCGGCGCCGUGGACUGGUCCCGCACCACCAGGGACUUGCUGCUGCUCCAGCGCGACAAGAGCACCGCCCAGCGGAUGUCGCAGGAUCUGAACUUGCUGCGCGGCACCUUCCGGGGCUCGUGUGGCCGUCGCCCGAUCCUCGAAUGAGGGGAGGGCCAAAGAUUAUAAGAAUUUCCAUCCUGGGCUCGGGAUGCUCGUUUUGCCCAUGGCUUCAUUUAGCGGUCGGCUGCCAUCUAUCAAGCACCCUGGGGGCCACCCUGGCAGUGAUGGC